AUGUGUGUGAUUAACAGAACAACAAACAAGAAUUUAACAGAGGGUUAUUCAAUCCCUCUAGGAGUGGUCUUGGGAGGUAUCUCAUUAAUCACAGUUGUCAUGAAUAUUUUGGUCCUAUAUGCAGUGAAACUGGAGAAGAAACUUCACACCGUCGGCAAUCUUUACAUUGUCAGCCUGUCCUGUGCAGACCUCGUUGUUGGUGCAGCUGUCAUGCCACUGAACGUUCUAUAUCUUUUGAAGAAUAAGUGGCUGUUGGGUACACUAGCUUGCCGGUUUUGGCUAUCAAUUGAUUAUGUGGCCAGUACAGCCUCCAUAUUCAGCCUCUUCAUACUCUGCAUAGAUCGUUACCGUUCUGUCCAGCAGCCACUAAAAUAUCUCAAGUACCGGACAAAAACUAGAGCUUCUAUCAUGAUUUCUGGAGCUUGGCUGCUCUCUUUUAUGUGGAUAGUCCCAAUUUUUGGUUGGCAUAAGUUUUCCCCUAACAGCACAACUGAAGAGGAUGGCAUAUGUGAAACAGAUUUUUGCAAAGUCACCUGGUUUAAGGUCUUGACAGCUAUAGCUAACUUCUACAUCCCAUCACUGAUGAUGCUGUUUUUCUAUGCAAAAAUAUACACGGCUGUCCGGAGGCACUAUCAGCACAGAGAGCUCAUUAAUGGAUCAUUUCGAUCAGCAUCAGAAAAAACAAUCCUACACAAUUGUAAGCAGCAAGAAAUACCAGAGAUGUAUUCACAAAGUAAAAAUAUAGGAUUUCACGGUCAUGAACAUGAUGGUCACAAUGACAGAAUGGAAGUCCCACCUCCAUCAGGCAGCUUUGGUGAAGUAUCACAAAUAUUUCAUAGAGGAAGUGCCCAUGAAAUUGGGAAGCACAGCUGCUUUCCUCUGACUGUUGCACAGAAUGACGUUGGGGUGGGCAAUGUUGAUAGAAAGUAUGCCUGUGUCGAUGAAAGCAUUCAGAAUAUAGAGAAGCCUUGCCUCCAAGAAUAUGAGAUAAGCAAAUCAUCAUAUGAGCAUACCUUUGCAGAGAGACCUUCCUGUAGAAGAGAUUCGGAUGCCACUCUAGAGCAAAAUUUUGGUAUCAAGAGGCACUUCCCUCAGUUUAAAAACAGCAAGGAUAGCACAAGUCUCCGUUCUUGGAAAAAGAUGUGGGGGAGGCUGCGUACUCAUUCUCUGAGCCAUAACCAAGGGCUGCGCAUCAACAGAGAAAGAAAGGCAGCUAAACAGCUAGGUUGUAUAAUGGCAGCCUUUAUGCUAUGCUGGAUUCCAUACUUCGUAUUAUUUAUGGUCAUGGCAUAUUGUGAAUCAUGUUACAAUUAUCACAUUCAUAUGUUUACAAUCUGGCUUGGCUAUGUGAAUUCUACAUUAAAUCCAUUUAUAUACCCACUUUGUAAUGAAAACUUCAAGAAAACUUUCAAAAAGAUUUUUCAUAUUAAAAGCUAA